AUGGAGAAGUUGGCGGCCGGGCUGGCGGGCCUGCGCUGGAGCAUGGGCGCCUUCCCGCUCGACCUCAUCGUCAGCCGCUGCCGCUUGCCCACGCUUGCCUGCCUCGGGCCAGGGGAGUAUGCCGAGGGCGUCAGUGAGCGAGACAUCCUGCUCAUUCACUCCUGCCGCCAGUGGACAACGGUGACAGCCCACACCCUGGAGGAGGGUCACUAUGUCAUCGGGCCCAAGAUUGACAUCCCCCUGCAGUACCCAGGGAAGUUCAAGCUCCUGGAGCAGGCCCGGGAUGUUCGGGAGCCCGUGAGGUACUUCAGCAGCGUGGAGGAGGUGGCCAGCGUCUUCCCUGAUCGCAUCUUUGUGAUGGAAGCCAUCACCUUCAGUGUCAAGGUGGUGUCAGGCGAGUUCAGCGAGGACAGUGAGGUGUACAACUUCACGCUGCACGCCGGCGACGAGCUCACUCUCAUGGGCCAGGCGGAGAUCCUGUGCGCCAAGACCACCAAGGAGCGCUCACGCUUCACCACUCUGCUGCGCAAGCUGGGCCGGGCCGGGGCACUGGCUGGGGUGGGCGGCGGCGGCGGCGGCCCGGGGGGCCCGGGGGCCGCGGGUGGCAGCGGGGGUGCCAGGCCCAUCAAAGGCAAGAUGCCCUGCCUCAUCUGCAUGAACCACCGCACCAAUGAGAGCCUGAGCCUGCCCUUCCAGUGCCAGGGCCGCUUCAGCACGCGCAGCCCUCUGGAGCUGCAGAUGCAGGAGGGCGAGCACACGGUGCGCGCCAUCAUUGAGCGCGUGCGGCUCCCGGUGAACGUGCUGGUGCCCAGCCGGCCGCCGCGCAACCCCUAUGACCUGCACCCGGUGCGGGAGGGCCACUGCUACAAGCUGGUCAGCAUCAUCUCCAAGACGGUGGUGCUGGGGCUGGCGCUGCGCCGCGAGGGCCCGGCGCCGCUGCACUUCCUGCUGCUCACCGACACGCCGCGCUUCGCGCUACCGCAGGGCCUGCUGGCCGGGGACCCGCGUGUCGAGCGCCUGGUGCGUGACAGCGCCUCCUAUUGCCGCGAGCGCUUCGACCCCGACGAGUACUCGACCGCCGUGCGCGAAGCGCCCGCCGAGCUGGCGGAAGACUGCGCCAGCCCGCGCCGCGCGCGCCUCUGCCUGCCCGCGCCCGCGCGCGCCCUCGGGCCCGCCCGCGCCCCCGCCCCCGCCUCCGGCGCCGGCCCGCCCGGCGACGGCGACCAGGAGUACGUGAGUCCCGACUGGGCCAGCGCGCCCGACUCCGCCGCGCCGCCCGCCGAGAUCCCCUACGAGGAGCUGUGGACGCACCAGGCGGCCGAGGGCAGGACCCGGCCGCUCCCGGGGCCCGACCUCAUCUCCUUCGGGGCCGCCGGGCCGCCCCGCCUGGAGCCCGAGGCGGCCCCGCCUCCAGUGCCUCCCAAAUCCGAGGCGGUGAAGGAGGAGUGCCGCCUGCUCAAUGCCCCUCCUGUGCCCCCCCGAGGUGGCAGUGCCAAUGGCCGGCUCUCGGGCAGUCCCCCGGUGCCCCCACGCUUCCCCAAGCUGCAGCCUGUCCACUCCCCCAGCUCCAGCCUCUCCUACUACUCCUCUGGCCUCCAGGAUGGGGUGGGCUCCCGCAGUGGCAGUGGCUCUCCGUCACCGGAUACCUACUCCCUCUAUUGCUACCCGUGCACCUGGGGAGACUGCAAGGUGGGCGAGUCCCCCAGCCGCCCACCCCCGGGACCCCUGCCCUCGACGACGCAGCCCAGCCAGGCCUCCCGGGCCCUUGUAGAGCCCCUGAGCAGUGGAGCUGCCUCUCUCUGGGGGGCCGACACCCCGGUCAAGACCUACCACAGCUGCCCGCCUCCAUUCAAGCCCUCCUACCCCCAGAAACGCUUCACUCCCCUUGGAGCUCUGAACCCCUUUUCCGGGCCUGCCUACCCCACAGGCCCUUCCGCCGCCUCAUCUUCUGGGCCCACAGCCAGCUCAGGUCCCCUGGCUACCUCCAGCCCUGCUCAUUCCCCGGGCCCGGGCCCUCCAGGCCAGGCCUAUUCGGCUGCUGCCUCCUCCUCCUGUCCCAGCUCCUCCUCCUCUUCCUCUGAGCGGCAGGCACCGGCCCUGGAGCCCUCUGAUCCCUUUGAGCUGGGCCGGGGCAGUUCUCCAGAGCCGGAGCUGCUGCGCUGUCAGGAGCCCAGAGCUGUGAGGGCGCCUGGGCCUGGCCUUCUGCCACUUGGACCCCCCAAGGCCUUUGAGCCUGAAGGUUUGGUGCUGCGGCAGGUCCCCGCCCCCCUGUCCCCUGUGGCCCUGCAGGGUCCCGAAGCAGGCAGAGCACGACUCCUCCUCACCCAGGGGCGCCUAGAAGGGCCUCCGGCCAGUCCCCGGGAUGGGGCCACAGGCUGGGGCGGCCGGGAUGCCUCCUCCUGGCAGCCCCCCGCUGACCUGUCUGCACUCUCCCUGGAGGAGGUCUCGCGAAGUCUGCGUUUCAUCGGGCUCUCGGAGGACGUGGUGAGCUUCUUUGCCCGAGAGCGCAUUGAUGGCAGCAUCUUCGUGCAGCUCAGUGAGGACAUCUUGGCAGAUGACUUUCACCUCACCAAGCUGCAGGUCAAGAAGAUCAUGCAGUUCAUCAAAGGCUGGCGGCCCAAGAUCUGACUUCCCAGCUCAGGGCUGCACAACUGGAAUUUUGGCCCGGAGGCCCUGGGGGGCCAGCCCUGGGUCUGCAG